ACCAUGAGAAGUGUACUUUCUCUGAACCAUACAGGCAAACAGCAAAAUUAUCCUGGAAAUUAUUCAACUUGCAGUGGCAACUAUGAAAAGGUUCACAAUGAAGCUGAAUGGUUUUAUGACCAAUUGUUCACUAUAACAUUCUUAUCCAAACCCAAUUCAACUGCACAGAUCAUUUUCAUCCUUAUAAUCUUUAUAAGUAUUGUAGGGAUGGUGGGGAAUGGGUAUGUGAUUUGGCUGCUUGGUUUCUGCAUUAAGAGAAAUAAUUUCACCACCUAUAUCUUGAACUUAGCCAUUGCUGAUUUUGGUAUGCUUAUGAGUGGUGCUGCAUUAGGUGUCUCUGUGGUGAUUGCUGUACCAAGGGAAAAUUAUGUCAUAGCAAUACAAGGAGUUUUGGGGCAAUUAAAUAUAUUCACAUAUAAUGUGGGUUUAUAUCUUCUGACAGUCAUUGGUGUGGAAAGGUGUCUUUCCAUUCUCUUUCCCAUCUGGGUCCGUUGUCACCGGCCAAAGCACCUUUCCACCAUUGUAUCAGUCCUGUUCUGGAGUGUGUCUGCCCUGUUUACUAUAAUUCAAUUCUUGCUUCGUUAUUUUUGUUUACUAAAUCUUUGGAUUAUGUUCAUCAGGAUUAUUUCUGGUUUAAAUCUCUUUAUCUUCACACCAAUCAUGGUGGUCUCUACUCUGAUCCUAUUUCUCAAGAUGUGCUUUCGACAUCAGCCAGGAAAGCUUCACGCCAUUAUGGUGAUAAUUCUCUUCUUCUUCAUUAUCACCGCUCUUCCAUUUGGCUUUCUUUUCUUCUUUUCCGUCAUUGAUUAUAAUUUUCACGUCAUUGCAAUUCCAAUUUAUACCCUUUUAACUAUUGUAAACAGCAGCAUUAAUCCAAUUAUUUACUUUUUUGUUGGGAAUCAGUGCAAAUGUAGAUCCUGGGACUCCACCAAAGUUGUGUUCCACAGAGUUUUUAAAGAUGAAACAGAACUUACAGAAGUCAGUUGA